CGCAGUGUCCGGAGUACCAUGCCCACCAACUUCACCGUGGUACCCGUGGAGGCGCGGGCGGACGGCGACCAGGAUGAGGCAGCCGAGCCAACCGAGGCGCCGGGCACCCCCGAGGGCCACGAGCCCGGCUGCUCUAGUCCGGCAGGAGAGGGACACACAAGAGAGAGCAGCCCCAUCAUUAACAAUGGCGACAUGGAGAACGAGAGUUUCUUUGAAGGAAAGAACAUGGCACUUUUUGAGGAAGAAAUGGACAGUAACCCCAUGGUGUCCUCACUUCUCAACAAGCUGGCCAACUACACCAACCUGAGCCAGGGCGUGGUGGAGCACGAGGAGGACGAGGACAGCCGGCGGCGUGAGAUCAAGAGCCCUGGCAUGGGCACCUUUAUCGGAGUCUACCUGCCCUGUCUGCAGAACAUCCUCGGCGUGAUCCUCUUCCUCCGCCUGACGUGGAUUGUGGGCGUGGCCGGCGUCCUGGAAUCCUUCCUCAUUGUGUUCAUGUGCUGCACCUGUACGAUGCUGACCGCCAUCUCGAUGAGUGCGAUCGCCACCAAUGGCGUGGUCCCAGCUGGUGGCUCGUACUACAUGAUAUCAAGGUCCCUGGGGCCGGAGUUCGGAGGGGCCGUGGGCCUCUGCUUCUAUCUGGGCACAACUUUUGCUGGGGCCAUGUAUAUUUUGGGCACCAUUGAGAUUUUUCUGACCUACAUCUCCCCGGGUGCAUCCAUCAUCCACGCCAAGUCGCCGGAUGGUGAGGCCGUGGCCAUGCUGCACAACAUGCGCGUGUAUGGGACGUGCACACUGGUGCUCAUGGCCAUGGUGGUCUUCGUGGGGGUCAAGUAUGUCAACAAGCUGGCCCUGGUGUUCCUGGCCUGUGUGGUGCUGUCCAUCCUUGCCAUCUACGCUGGUGUCAUCAAGACCGCCUUCGACCCACCGGACAUCCCGGUCUGUCUGCUGGGGAACCGCACGUUAUCGAGACGCAGCUUUGACAUCUGUGCCAAAGUCCACACCACCACCAACGGCACGACAACCACGGCGCUUUGGGGCCUCUUCUGCAACAACUCCAUGCCCAGCGCUACCUGCGACGAGUACUUUGCCCAGAACAACCUCACGGAGAUCCAGGGCAUCCCUGGCGUGGCUAGCGGCGUCCUCCUGGAUAACCUGUGGAGUGUGUACACGGACAAAGGGGUGUUUGUGGAGAAGACGGGCACACCCUCGGUGCCUGUGCCAGAGGAGAGCAGAACCAACAGGCUGCCCUACGUCCUCACCGACAUCAUGACCUAUUUCACCAUGCUGGUUGGCAUCUACUUUCCCUCUGUGACUGGCAUCAUGGCAGGCUCGAACCGAUCCGGAGACCUCAGGGACGCCCAGAAGUCAAUCCCCACAGGGACCAUCCUAGCCAUUGUGACUACAUCUUUCAUUUACCUCUCCUGCAUCGUGCUCUUUGGGGCCUGCAUUGAAGGCGUGAUCUUACGAGAUAAGUUCGGGGAGGCCCUGCAAGGGAACCUGGUCAUUGGCAUGCUGGCCUGGCCGUCCCCCUGGGUCAUCGUCAUCGGCUCCUUCUUCUCCACCUGUGGCGCCGGCCUGCAGAGCCUGACGGGGGCUCCGCGCCUGCUGCAGGCCAUCGCCCGAGAUGGCAUCAUCCCCUUCCUCCAGGUGUUCGGCCACGGGAAGGCCAAUGGGGAGCCCACGUGGGCCCUGCUGCUCACGGCCCUCAUCUGUGAGACCGGCAUCCUCAUCGCUUCCCUGGACAGCGUGGCCCCCAUCCUCUCCAUGUUCUUCCUCAUGUGCUACAUGUUUGUGAACCUGGCCUGCGCUGUACAGACCCUACUGCGCACCCCCAACUGGCGCCCGCGCUUCAGAUACUACCACUGGACGCUGUCCUUCCUGGGCAUGAGCCUGUGCCUGGCAUUGAUGUUCAUCUGCUCCUGGUACUAUGCCCUGUUCGCCAUGCUCAUCGCCGGCUGUAUCUACAAGUACAUCGAGUACCGCGGGGCCGAGAAGGAGUGGGGGGAUGGCAUCAGGGGGCUGUCGCUUAAUGCUGCCCGCUACGCCCUGCUGCGUGUGGAACACGGCACCCCCCACACCAAGAACUGGAGGCCCCAGGUGCUGGUGCUGUUGAACCUGGACUCUGAGCAGUGUGUGAAGCACCCCCGCCUGCUGUCCUUCACCACGCAGCUCAAGGCUGGCAAGGGCCUGACCAUCGUGGGCUCUGUGCUGGAGGGGACCUACCUGGACAAGCACACGGAGGCCCAGCAGGCCGAGGAGAACAUCCGGUCCCUGAUGAGUGCCGAGAAGACCAAAGGCUUCUGCCAGCUGGUUGUGUCCUCCAACCUUCGGGACGGGAUGUCCCACCUGAUCCAGUCGGCCGGCCUGGGGGGCAUGAAGCACAACACGGUGCUCAUGGCCUGGCCCGAAUCCUGGAAGGAGGAGGACAACCCUUUCUCCUGGAAAAACUUUGUCGACACUGUCCGGGACACCACAGCAGCACAGCAGGCUCUGCUGGUGGCCAAAAAUGUGGACCUGUUCCCGCAAAACCAGGAACGCUUCAGCACCGGGAACAUCGACGUGUGGUGGGUCGUGCACGACGGGGGCCUGCUCAUGCUGCUGCCCUUCCUGCUGCGGCAGCACAAGGUGUGGAGGAAGUGCCGGAUGCGCAUCUUCACGGUGGCUCAGGUAGACGACAACAGCAUCCAGAUGAAGAAGGACCUGCAGACGUUCCUGUACCACCUCAGGAUCAGCGCAGAGGUGGAGGUGGUGGAGAUGGUGGAGAACGACAUCUCCGCGUUCACCUAUGAGAAGACGCUGGUCAUGGAGCAGAGGAGCCAGAUGCUGAAGCAGAUGCAGCUGUCCAAGACAGAGCGGGAGAGGGAGGCUCAGCUAAUUCAUGACAGGAACACUGCAUCCCACUCCGUGGUGGCCACCAGGACCCACGCCCCUUCCACGCCAGACAAGGUGCAGAUGACCUGGACGAAGGAGAAGCUGAUUGCCGAGAAGUUUAAGAACAAAGAGACCAACGUGUCUGGGUUCAAAGACCUCUUCAGCCUGAAACCGAACCAGUCCAACGUCAGGAGGAUGCACACGGCUGUGAAGCUCAACGGCGUCAUCCUGAACAAGUCCCAGGACGCCCAGCUGGUCCUGCUGAACAUGCCGGGGCCCCCCAAGAACCGGCAGGGCGAUGAAAACUAUAUGGAGUUCCUCGAGGUCCUGACUGAGGGCCUAAACAGGGUGCUCCUGGUCAGAGGCAGUGGCCGGGAGGUGAUCACCAUCUACUCCUAACGCUCGGCCACUCUGGAAGCGUGCUGGGUGGCACAGGGACAGCGCCGCGGGCACAGACCAUGGCCUGACCUGCCAGCGUGGCUUCCUACAGAAGUUUCUAGAAUACCAUCGGGCUCUCCUGUCCAGUCUGAGAGCCAGCGCAUGACUGAAGAGGUUCGCUGGAGUCUGGGGGGGUGAGAUGCCCUGGUGCUCGUGGGCUCCCGAGGGAGGCUCGGAGCGCCGGGGACACAGCAGCUCCUUUCUCGAGGGCCAGGCCCCGAAGCCUCUGACUCUCGAGGGACUUGUCCUGGCUGCACCCGCCGUCUGCUGCGGCAGCCACAUUUCAGUUCUUCCCCGUUCAGGACGUUCACAAGAAGCCAUACUUGGACUGAAGUUGACCCUUGGCCAUUCGGGUCCGUUCAUGAAGGUGAAAGGUCAGCCUGUGGCUCAGGGGCACAGGUUCUUCAUCAGCCCCCUGACCCUUUGGCUUUCCUUGUUGGUGUUUCCGUAACAAAGGCAGAGAAGCCAGCUGCACGCCCACCUCCCGGGGCUCAGCCGGGGGGCCUUGUUCAGGUGCCUGACUCGUCGGGAUGUCUGAUCCGGGAACCUGGUUGUUUGGGAACUUGAGGUGGGUUGUCCAGCUGGGUUUGUGCUCCAGGAAACUCCCAAGGGAAAGAACCCCCAGUCGAGGAGCCCUCCGAGCCCAGGUGGGUGCUGCUGGGAACGCCAGCAUCUUAUAAGCACUGGUGGGUCCAGCCCUGUGGGCACCUCCUUUCUGAGACCUGGAAGCGGUCAGUGCCGAGUGUUUAUACCUUCAGAACUGCGAGCACACCACAGGUUUGGCAUCUGACACCCACUGGCUCCUGUGACCUCCGUCCCCACCCUCCACGCCCCGGGGAGGGGCGCCGGGCUGCAGCUGUGGGAGGCCUGGGUGGGGAGGGCACGUGCACUGAGUUGUCCGGCUGAAGCCUGUGCCCCUGCACCGCACGGAGGGCAUGGUGACAGCUGUGUUUAGGGCACUGACUCGGUACCUUUUAGUGAUCCGUAGACUUUGCACUUUACCUUGUGGUCUUUCUGCUUCUGGUCAUGAUCACAUUCACUGUAGAUGCUGCAGUGAUCUGUGCCUCACUUUCUGUGUGGCUUAUUUAUUUGUUUAAACACCUGGAUGUUUCAGUGCUAAUUAAAUUGUCCACAAAGAGGUUGUAUCUGAAAGAGGCCCAGAGGACCAUGGCCGUAGAGUUAGUUCUCAGGCGUCCAUGGUUUCCCAAGAGAAUUGGCCUGGGUCAAGAGUUUCAUGAUGGGGCGAAGACUAAGUGUGCAUUUCCGGAUGUUUCUGAGGAGCCAUCGGGCAGCCUAGAGGGCCAGCAUUGCCAUCAGAGUGGCGACUGGCCAAAGUGUGUGCCAAAUAGCCGCAACCAGUGAGGGGUUGGGGUCCCGAUUUUUGACCGUCCUGGUUCAGCAUGGGGUUAAGUGAAACCCGUCUCACUCACCUGUGCUGAGGGUCCACGUGUCUGUGCCCCGUCCGCCUGUCCAGGGUCUCUGAGCACCACGCAGCCUCACCACACUUUGUAUAACUAACUGCAGCAAGUUCAAGUGGAUUUUGUUUUCCUUUUACAGGUUCCUUGUCUUUGUAUGAUUUUUGUUAGUAGAAGAAUAAAAUUGAAUAAAAUCUAUGUUGA